AUGACGGAACCUAAUCUCGUUUUUCUCGCGGUUUUCAAUUCCCUGCUCAGUGUGUUUGGAAGCUUGAUGAAUUUAGUGGUGGCGUUUGUCAUCAUUCAGAACCCGAACUUACAAAAAGGUUUAAAUCUUCUGCUUCUGAGCCUGUGCGUUGCGGACUUUAUGAAUUGUGCGAUUUCACAACCCAUGUACGUGCACGCGAUUCUGAACAACGCUGACGAGACAGGCUCCACUUAUACACUAGUCUUCACCAUUAUAGCAUUCAUCACAUUACACGCUUCUACGACAAACCUAGUAGCCAUGACGCUCUACCGAAUGAAAGCGCUUUCGCGCCCAUUCGCCCACUUUCUUCUCGUUUCUAAGAAACAAGUUCUGAUCGCAAUCGCUCUGGUUUGGGUGGCGUCGAUAGCAGUGGGUGUCUUUUUCGCCACUGAUGCGGGAAAGCUAGUCGCAGCUUAUGUUCAUCUAGCGAUGACACUUGCUUGGAUUGCAGGCUAUGUUGGGCUUUUCUGGCUGGUGAAGCAGCACAAGACGAAAAUCGUUUCGUUGGAAGGUUCGCCCACGACCCAGCUGCAAACAGCCAGUCUGCAAUACGAAAGCGAAGCCGCCAAAACCUCGGCCAUUUUAGUGGCCUCGUCUUUAGCGUGUUUCUUUCCCGAUAUAGUGUUGGAUUUCAUGGGUCGCGCAGACGAGAGCAGAAUGGCGUGGGGGUUUACCAUUUUGUUUAUGAGUUCGACUAUAAAUCCCUGCCUCAUUAUCUGGCGCAGCCAACACUUCAGGCAAGUCCUUGGAAAAACUGUGCGAGAGGUUCGGCAGAGGCGACUGAAAUGA